AUGUCCGCUGAAUUCUCAACCACCAAACUCAACGCAGACAGUCAUGUCCUGCUGGACCAACCUUUGCUCCGACUGCCCCAUGAACUAGUCAAGCGGAAUUUCAGGACUACCCAACGAUAUGUAGAGCGUGAAAGAGACCACAUCCUCCCGACCCUCAAGGACACUGCGAACGCGGCUCUUAGCUCCUCACAAACCGCCGAACAGACCCUGGCUUCCCUUGACGCCAUGAUCCAACGGAUGCAGAAUUUCAAACGCAAACUGGAAAAACUACAUACUGAGGAAGAGGCUCUACAUGAUCAUUCGGCCAAAAGAAUUAAACAUCUACAAGAUCUCUAUGAAAUCCCUUCCCUCGUGGACGUCAAGUAUGACCAAUGGUCGCGGACCCGGCUUGACCGCCUCAUUGUGGACUAUCUCCUCCGCUCCGGCUAUGCCAGAACCGCCUCCUCCCUCGCCGAAUCCAAGCAAAUAUCUCACCUUGUGGACCUGGACACAUUUGUGACUUGUCACAAGAUCGCCUCGUCACUUUCCCGUGGCGAGACGAAAGAAGCUCUGGCAUGGAUCAACGAGAACAAGAAUUCUCUCAAGAAACUGAUUAUGACACCCUACAAAACCACCAACCUCGAAUUUGAACUUCGCCUCCAACAAUACAUUGAGCUUGUCCGGGCAGGAACCACGGCCAAAAAGCUCGAGGCGAGGUUGCACGCCCAGCAACAUCUCAUGCCACAUGCCGCCUCACGCUCGGAAUCCAUACUGCAAGUGGCUGGCCUCCUGAUCCAAACACCAGAUACCGACGCCGAGCCAUACCGAACACUCUUUGCGCCGUCUCGCUGGCAUCACUUAUCAAACCUGUUCGUCGAAACUCAUCAUACGUUAAUGUCCCUCCCAGUACAACCGCUUCUCCACGUGGCUUUGUCUGCCGGUCUCUCCGCCCUAAAGACACCAGCAUGCCACAGUGCUUACAAUCCAGCGAGCUCCUCAACCCCGGGACAUGCACGCAUCGCGACAAAUACCUCUCUCUGCCCAAUCUGCAGUAUGGAACUGAACGAUCUAGCCCGCAAUGUACCUUAUGCGCAUCACACGACGAGUUCAGUUGAACCAGACCCAGUCGUCCUGCCGAACGGGCGAAUUUACGGUCGAGAACGACUCGAGGAGCUACAAAGAAAACUCGCAAUGGCCGGCCUAGGCGGUGGAGGGGAAUGUGGGAUGCAGGAUCUACAAAUUGGGAAAGAAGGAGAGGUCCGAGAUCCCACGACCGGCGAGAGUUUUACCUGGGGCCAGGUCAAGAAGGUGUACAUCAUGUGA